UUCUUGAUGUCUCCACCUCCUAGGGAUUCCUUUCUGUCCUCUAACUCUUUUUUCAUUUGACCAUUCACUCUGGGUUUUGGGCAUGUGCAAGACAUCUUAGUAAUGCUUUAGGCUGAAUCGCUGUCUUUCUGACAAAGGUUUUUCCCUUUUGCAUGACUGUCUACACUUAAGGAUUUGCUUCAGCCUCCAAUCAUCCCUGAAGAUCUGUAGUAAAAGCUUUGGACCUCCCUUUCUGAAAUAGUUUGAAUUGAGUAAACUUCCAACACUGCAGGCACCAAGGAUGUGGAGCAUUAUCAUUUGUCUGAGUGCCACAGCUUUAUUAGGACAAACCCUAAGUUCUUGGCAUGACAUGGAUGCACACUCUGAAGCUCCUUCUGAGACACCUGAAUUGCAAACAGCAACCAUUCAGCCACCAGGAAAUGAAAUGACCUUACAGGAUACACACAUUUCAAGUGCAGCCUUCCCUGCUGGUGAAAAAGAGAGCGAGGAUGAGCGUCUCCAAAUAGAGGCAGAGGAGAAUCAGCACAGAGUUGAUGUCAGAAAGCUGGAGGCUGGUAGAAAAAGGAGAGGAGCCUGGGGGAAAAGGAAACACGCGGCGACAGUGGAGGCCACUGCAUAUAGAAUAGCUGGCUUGGGGCGACCACUAAUGGGCUGGAGGAAGCGUGGAAAAGGGGAGACCAGCGCUCUCAUGACUGUCCUCAAGGAACUUCAUGCUGAAAAGAGGAGGCUGAUGGAUCAAGUUAAAGCGCAGGAGGAGGAAGAAGAAGAAGAGGAUGAUGAUGAUGAUGAUGACGACGAUGACGACGAUGACGAUGAAGAGGAGGAGGUUAGGCUUUUGUGCAAAUUAAGCCAUAGUUCUGAUUGA